UAAUACGUUAUUCCGUAUUGUCGCUUAUUAAUGACGUGAUGUAAGCCUCGCCUUGUGUGGCUUCUAGUGACACUGGCUUCAUCAGGUUUUCUUCUAAACUCAGCCGCCAGACCAUCACUGUUCCUCGUGAGUUUUACUUGGAUGCAGAAUGAUGGGACAAAAUAGUUCAAAGGUGCAGCUUCUUUUCAUGACCUGAAAAAACUAAAAAGGCUGGACAUCUCUAACUAUUAUUAUUCCACAUCCAUGCAGAAGAGCUUUUGAGCUUUUGAGAAGAGAGAAAACCCUAAUAUUGCUCCCAGUGACGGGAUGAACACAUCAGUGCGUGAAAUCCACCUCUCCUCUCAGGCUGACUUUUCCUACUUUCUACGAGUGGACUGGGAGGGGCGGGGCUUAGGCUUUGGGUUCAAAUUGCUUUUGACAGAUGGACAGAAGGCAUGGAGUGGAAAGGUGAGUGAGGCGGUGGUGAAUGAAGAGGCAGAGGAACUGGAGAUGGUGAAGGAGAAGUACAUCCAGGACCUCCUGCAGGCUCUAACAGAGCCAGAACCCUCUGCCUCCUACUGCUUCACCCUGAAGCCACACCCACCCACCAGUAGCUGCACUGUGACUCUGACAUAUGAGAAGAUGCAGAAGGACAUAUCUUUCAAACUUGGCUCUGUCUCGCUGGAUGCUGUCGAGGAACCAGCUGAGGCGGUGAGAGCGGUGCUGAUGCACACACUGCAGGAGGGAAACAAACUGCAGCAACAUAACCACAAACUGAAGGAGGAGAACCAGAGGCUGAUACAGGAACACCAGUACAUCACUGAAAAGAUGAAGCACUACGCUGAAGGUGUAGAGACCCUGAAGGCAGAGCUGUACUCUCGGUUCGUCCUGCUCCUCAAUGAGAAGAAAGCAAAGAUUCGCAGUCUGCAGGAAGCUUUCACAAAGCUGCAGCAAAGAAGGAAUUCUGAAGAACAGAAAAACAAGGAUUCUGCAAAAUCAGAUCAAACAGCAGGUCACAACAGCGAGGUUGAUGAAUAUGGAGGCAGUACUGACGAAGAGCUGAAGGAAGAGCAGUCAACAGGAACUUCUCAUCUGACAUCUAAAGAUUCUUCUACUCCGAGCCCUUUGAACCUCCGUGACAUCACCGAUGUUGCUCCCUGUCGCAAGCGUCGUUUCCGCCAUCUUGGUCCUCCAGAGAUCGCUGUGAAAAAGCAGAACCCAGAGGCAGCACAGAAGAAAAGGGCGGACCCCUCUGCAGCAUCCAAUCAGCUGCAGACUCCCCAGCUCCCUGUAGAUGCUACGAAAGCAGCUUCAGCAGGAACGUCAGAAGCUGAAGACCUAUUUGAUGAUUUCUGACUUCCAAACAGUCUCUGUUCCAUUACUGCUGCAGGUAUUCAUCUCAAAGGCAUUUUUUCUAAAAGUAAAGUGAAUAAAUGACGGUGAUGACACUAAACUCUUUAAUAAUGAGCUAUCUAUCUGUAGAUGCAGAAGAGCAUAUACAUAUAUAUUUGUAUCUAUGCUGAGAAUCAAGGCCUUCAUAAAAGAUACAUAUUUUUGUCAAAUUUCACAAUAAAUUGGAAUUUGACUGUUAGUACAAUAUAAAAGGUAACAGUGUACAUGAAAUGUAAGAUUUGCUAUUUUUCCUGCUUAAUGUAAGUCUAGCCUAAUAGAUUCUUGUCACAGUUGUAUUGAUGAGUACUUUGUAUUUCACAAUGUAUAAAUAUUAAUGCAUUGUUUUUUUUUGGGUUUUUUUGGCCUUUUCUCACUUUCGCACAAAAUAAAGCCACAUACUAGAAGGUAACAGAUGUGCAAUGUCCAACUAGCACUGCAAUAAAAUCAUCCAGGUCCUUUGUUACUGGGUUCAAUCAAGUCUAUUCAUAUAGCACAUUUCAGAAACACAGCAGUUCAAAGUGCUUUACAUUGUGAAAACAUAAUCAUAAUCAGUCAUAUAGUCAACACCUAUGAAAACCUGUAAUAGACACUACAUUUUGUCAAGUGCCAUGAUAAAAAUCAUCAAACAUG